AUGUAUAUAUAUCCAAGUACUGUCAACCUCCAGUAUUCACAAAAUAAAAAUAUAAAAAAAGAAAUUCACUUUUCUUCUCAUAUAAUAUGGAUAAUCAAACGGGUAAAUCUAACCUUACGUUUUAUAAAAAAAAUAAAAGUAAUGAUAGUGAAACUACAUAUAAAUGUGAAGAAAAAAAAAAUAAAAAAUAAAGUGGUAGAAACACAUAAAAAUUCUUUUAAUUUUAAGGAAGAAAAUGUAAAUAUAAAUGUAAAUGUAAACAAUAAUUAUUUUCUUAAUUCUAUAAAUAAUGUAGAAAAUAAUUUCAAUAUAAUGAAUAAAAAAUGUUCUAAUUCAAUUGGGGGAGCUACUGUUCUCACAAAUUCCUCGGAAUUACAUGCAAAUGAUCAGGCAGAUCAUAUAGAAACAGAAUCUAAAAUAAUGGGACAUAAAAAAAAGAAAGUUAAUCAAAUGGUUAAGGUGAAGAUGAAGCAAGAACCUAAGGAUGAACAAGACAACAUCACUGAUAAAAAUAAGAAGAAAAAUAAUACAAAUGAAAUGGAAAACACUGAUUAUAAUAAUAUUCAUAUUAGUAAUAAUAAUGAUUAUUCUUCAUAUUAUUAUAAUAGUGAUGUCGAUGUAGAAUCUAUAAUGGAUACACAAGAAAACAACAAAAACAAAAAUAUGAAAAAUAAUAAAAACUCAACAGAAAAUAACAACAACAAUGUCAUGUCAAAAGAUAUUAAAAUAAGAAAAAGCAAUAUUAUAGAAUUGAAUAAAUUAUUAAAAGAAAAUCUAAGAAUAGAACAGAAUUUAGAAAAACAAGAAAAAUGUAAAAUAGACCAAGGUGAUGAAUAUGCUGAGGAGGAAGAAAAUAAUUAUGAAGAAAAAAAAGAUGAUCAACAAACAGUAAAAGAAAUAUCAAAUAGCCAAAAUAUGGGAAAAGACGAAGAAAAUUCAAAAAAAAAAAAAAACAAACAAAAAGAAAAAUAUAACGAAUACAAAGAUGUUAAUGAUAAGGAACUAAGUAUGGAACAAAAAAAUAAUCAAAAUGAUAUUAAUGAACAGUAUGAAGAAUUAGCAAAGGAUACUAAGAAAGAAAAAGGAAAAAAAAAAAAUAAAGAUAACACAGAUAAUAAAAAUAUAAAAGAUAAUAAAAAUAUAAAAGAUAAUAAAAAUAACAACGAUAAUAAAAAUAACAAUGAUAAUAAAAAUAACAAUGAUAAUAAAAAUAACAAUGAUAAUAAAAAUAACAAUGAUAAUAAAAAUAACAAUGAUAAUAAAGAUAACAACGAAAAAGAUAAAAAUAAUAUUACUACAAUAGAAAAAAAUGCAUCGAAAGGAAAAAAAACAAAAAAUAAAAAAACUAACCAAAAUAAAAAAAAUGACAUAUGUGAAAAUAAAGAAAUUAAAAAUAUAAAUUAUAUAUCGGAACAAAAUAUAAAUGAAAAUCAUCUUUCAUUAAAGGAAAAAAAUGUGCAAGAUAAAAAAGGUGAAUAUAAUAAUAAUACCAUAGAGGCGGACAACAACAAUAAUAAUAUUAAUUAUUAUAAUAAAAAUAUUACAAAGAAUAUUAUAAAUAAUGAUAUGAAACAUUUUGUCAAUAAAAAUUAUAUGGAACAUAAUUAUGUUCACAAUAAUGCAUAUAUAUAUAAUAAUAAUAAUAAUAUUAAUUAUUAUAAUAAUAAUGUUCCUUAUAAUUAUGAUAAUAGCAUCUUUACAUGUGAUAUGCAUGAUGAUCAAAAGAAUUAUAAAGACGAAUUGAAAAAUGAAAUAUUGAAAAACGAAAUAUUGAAAAAUGAAAUAUUGAAAAAUGAAAUAUUGAAAACAAAUAACAAAUUUGUUGUAAAUAAUAGUAAUUUUAAUAAAAAUAUAAAUAACCUAAAACUUUUGAAAGAUUAUAAUUUCAAUGACAUAGUUAAUAAUUUAGAACAAUAUAAAAGUAUGAAUAAACACGUAACAAAUGAUAAUAAUAAUAAUAAUAAUAGGAUACAUAAUCCUUAUUUUAAUUAUAAUGAUGAUAAUAAAAAUAUAAAUGAUGAUAUAGAAAAUAAUCAGGAAAACAAUAGUGUUAAUAAUAAUCUUUUUAAUUAUAACAAUCAUAUGUAUAAAAAAUUUGUGUGUAAUCCAUAUGUCGAAAAUGUUUCUAAUGUAUCUGUAACAAAUGAUCAAAAGAAUGAUUUCUAUAAUCCUUAUGGGAAUAUCUGUUCUUAUAAUUAUAAUAUAAAUAAAAAUAUAUUGAAUAAUAAUAAAGUAACUAAUAAUAAUAGUCUUAAUUCUAAUAAUGUCAAUAUUACGAAUAGUAUAAAUACCAUGGGUGCUAACGAUGAAAAUUAUAUAUUGAAUAGAAAUUAUAAUAAUAUAUUGAACAACAAUAAUAUGAAUGUUAAUAAUAUACCUAGUGAAAAUAAUAAUAUAGGACAAAAUAAUAAAACCAAUAAUAAUAUGAAUAUUCAAAAUAGCAUAUCAAAAGAAAAUUUACAUAAUAUUAUGGAUAGUACUACUCAUACACAUUCUAAUUCCUUAUGUAAUUCUCAUUAUAUGAAUAAUACUUUAAUAUAUGAUACAAACAAUAUUAUGCGUAAUGAUAAAAUAUCUAAUAUGAAUAAGGAUAUGCUUAAUGAGAAUGUAGAUGUAUAUUCAUAUGGAUAUAUGGAUAACAAUAUGCCUGUUAAUGUUGUAUAUAAUAAUUUUAACGACACCAAUACAUAUUUCACAAAUAAUAAUAAUAAUAAUGAUAAUAAUAAUGAAUGUAAUAUUAAUAUACAAAAGGGUGACACCAAAAUUGAUAAUGAUCAAAAGGGGGGUAAUACUACUACGAAUAAUAAUAGUAAUAAUAAUAAUAAUAAUAAUAAUAGUAAUAAUAGUGAUGAUAAACAAACUAAUGUUACACAUAAAAAUCUUUUAAAUAACAUUGAUCUAAAUAAGAAUGAUAAAAAUUUAUUAAUACUCGAAAAAAAUAAAAAAAAAACCUCAAAUAAUAAAAAAAUGAUAAGUGAAAAAGACUCCCAAAAUAAUAAUUCUAACAGCACAAUAAAAAAUACACAGCAUAUAGAAGAUGGUGAUAAUAAAUUAAAAAGUGAAGGGUUAGAAAACAAACAAGAAGAAAGCAACAAGGAAGAUACUACUAAAAAGAUAAUUAUUAAGAAGAAAUUAGAUAAUGACAAUAAUAAUAAUAAUGAUAAUAAUAAUAAUAAUAAUAAUAAUAAUCAAAAUGAUAAUAAUAAUGUUGAUAAAACAUUAAAUGAGAAAAACAAUUCAAUAACAUCCACUGGUGUAAUAGAAAAAAUUCAAUUAAAUAAAAAUUCUUUAUACACAUCCACAAACAAAUGUGAGAAGAAAGAUGACAUUAAAAAUAUAAAACUAAAUAACAGUUGUAACAAUAAAAUGAAUGAAUUAUUAGAAAAGAGAAGAAAUAAAAAUAAAUAUUUAGCCGAAAUUAUAAGAUGUGAACUUAUAUGGGGACCAACAAAAAAUAAAGAACCAAUAACACCAGUAGAAAGUUGUGAAUUACAUCCAGUUGUUAUUAUAAAAGAUCAAUAUGGACAUUUAUAUGAUGAUGAUGAAGAUAAUGAAAAUAAUCCUAUAGGUAAAACAGUAAAUAUUUUCUAUAGAUGGAGUAGAGGACCACCUAGAACAGUAUGUUUUUUUCAUCCACAAAAAAUUGCAUGUUUACAAUGUACUGUAACAUUUAGAUGUUUUUGUUCCUAUGAAUGUUUUAUGAAAGGUUUUGAUCAUCUACAUAAAUAUUAUAAAAGUAAUGGAUCUAUUAAUAUUCCAUCACAUCCUAAUUUGCAUACAUAUGGUGUACCUUGUUCACCUUUUGAUUGGGAUAAUUAUGAAAAGAAUAUCGAAUUUGAUGAAAAACAUUAUAAUUCUUUGAUACAAUCAGGAUUAUUGAAUGAGCCAAAUAAAGAAAAAUGGGAAAUUAUAAAUAAUGAAAGAAAUUAUAUUCCUUGUCAAAAAGAUAUUGGACAUCAAAUUAUGUUAGAAACUAUGAUACUUGAUAAAAAUAGCGUCUCAUCUGGAAAUAUAAGUGAUUCAAAUAUAACUCCCUUUGAUCAAGAACAAAAUGAAUUAAAUGAUACUAGUGAAUAUGAAACUUCAUCUGAAGAAGAUGAUGCUUCACAAAUUAAUCAAAAUAAAAUGUCAUAUGUCAAAUAUUCAGAUGUUCAACAAAAUGAAAUUAACUUAAUGAAUAAUCAAAUUCUUUUAAGUAGUUUUAAUGAAUCUGUAGAUUUUAAUAAUUAUAAAAAUAUAUAUCUAUUCAAAAAUAAUAACAACAGUAAUAAUAAUAAUAUUGGAACUCAUAAUGUGAAUAAUAUGAACAUGACCCAUAUGAGCAAUUCAACAACAAAUUUUUAUAACUUGUAUGAUAUGGACAAUAAUAAUAAUAAUAAUAAUAAUAAUAAUAUUAAUAAUAAUAAUAUUAAUAAUAAUAAUAAUGUUGCAUGUCUGCAGGUUCAAAAUGGCGAAACGGAUUAUAUGGCCAUAAAUAAUACAUAUAAUGCUGUAACUAUCGGUAUGAAUAAUAAAGCAAAUAAUUUGAAUAAUAUAAAUAGUGUGAAUAAUAUAAAUAGUGUGAAUAAUAAUAACCUGAAUAGUCAUUCCCAAUCAGUGGAUAUAAAAAACUGUGAAGGAGGAACCAUAUAUUUUCAUGAAAAUAAUCUUGAUUAUUCUCAUAACAGUUACAAAUACAGUACGAAUAAUAUUACCAAGCUUGUUGAUAAAAGGAUGAACAAUUAUGAAAUGACAUAUAUGAAUACAACACAAGGAAAAAUAGAUAAUACCCACAACAAUAAUAAUAAUAAUAUUAAUAAUAUAAAUGGAAGUAUUAUGAAUAAUAAUCAUUCAGCCUCUUUGGGAACAUCAAAUAAUGUAGGAAACACAAAUGAUAAAUAUAUAAAUAAUUUUAGUUAUCCAAUAGAUAAUAAUCAUAUAUAUAUAAAUAAUCAAAUGAAUUAUAUCAACAAUAUGAAUGUUCCAUCAUCUCAACAAAAAAUAUAUAAUGAUAUAAGUAUAGAAUCGAAUAAAGAUUUAAAUACUAGUUCAAACAAUCUGCUUACUACUCCAUAUACAAACAAUAUGUUAGAUGGAAUAAAUAUUCAAAGUACUACUAAUGACACAAGAACAAUGAAUACAAAAAUGAUAUUAACGAAUCCCUUAAUAAAUGUAGAUAAUAACAAAAUUGGUUAUAAGAAUAUGUUAAAUAAUAAAUACCCUAAUAUAUCAUCAUUAAGUAUUAAUCAAAAUAAUUAUAUGAAUGAUACUCAUAUGAAUGAUCAUAAGACAAAUAGUAUUUUACCCGUACAAGAAAAUAAUUUUUUAGUUAAAGCAAAGAAAAAAAAAAAAAAAAAAGAUGACAAAAUGAAUAAUAAAAAAAAGAAAAAGAAAAUAUACGUUUUAGAUGAUAAAGUAUGGAAUAGUAUAAAAGAUCCAAAUAUAUAUCAUAAAAUAAUAACAGGUUGUUGUAUACCCAAUAUAACUGUUUUUCCGAAUUAUAAUAUAACAUCUUUUAAAAAUUAUAAUCAUACUAAUCCACAAAAUCAAUUUACUAUUAUGACAUGGAAUGUGUUAGCAGAAAUAUAUGGAACCAUAGAGGCGUUUCCUCAUUGUGAUCCUUAUAUGUUAGCAUGGUCCUAUAGAAAAACAAAAAUAAUUCAGGAGAUAUUAAAUAAUAGUCCGGAUAUAGUAUGUUUGCAGGAAAUUCAAAAUGAACACUUUUUGGACUUCUUCAAGCCGUCGCUUGGACAAUUCGGAUAUGAAGGUGUUUACAAACAAAAAACGAAAGAAAUCUUUACCUCCCCUUCAGGUAAAAGAAGAGGAGGGAAAUAUACUAUAGAUGGAUGUGCAAUAUUUUAUAAUAAGAAGAAAUUAAAAUUUGUUGAAACAUAUGCAUUAGAAUUUAGUAAAUUAAUAAAAGAAGCUUCUGUUUUAACCUUACCAAAAGAAAUUCAAAAAAAUCCUUCGUUAGUUAAGAGAUUAUUAAAAGAUAAUGUAGCAUUAGUUAUAUUGUUAGAAUGUACUCAACAAUAUUCUAAAAUAUAUGAUAAAUCAGAAGAUAAAAAAAAUAAGAAAUUACUUAUAGUUGCUAAUACACAUAUUGUUGCAAAUCCUGAAGCUAAUUAUGUAAAAAUAUGGCAAACUCAAAUAUUAGUUAAAGUAAUAGAAUAUUUGAAAAUAAAUUUUAUUAAGAAAUAUGAAACAAUACCUAGUUUAAUAAUUUGUGGAGAUUUUAAUAGUACUCCUUCAAGUGCUGUCUAUCAAUUAAUUUAUAAAAAAACAUGCAGUAGAACACAUGAAGAUUUUAAUUCAGAUAAAUAUAAUUUAUUAACAGAUUUAAAAUUAGGUCAUAAUUUAAAUCUAAAAUCAGCAUAUGCUAUAUCCAAAUUAUUAUCACAAAAAUUAAAUCCUCAAGAAUAUAAUAAUUUAGAGUUAUAUGAACCUUUAUUUACUAAUUAUACAAGUAAUUUUAUUGGAUGUUUAGAUUAUAUAUUUUAUAAUGAUGAAAAUCUUAAUAUUAUAUCAACUGUAAAUGUAGCAGAUGAAAAUCAAUUAAUACAAGAAGCACAAAUAUAUCAACUAUCCAAUUGUGCUUUACCAAGUCCUAUAAGACCAUCUGACCAUUUACCAUUAAUAGCAAAAUUUGAGUUCAAAAUGUUUUGA